AUGUCAAACGAAUACGUGAACACGAACACGGUGACUGUUUUCCACUACCUCCGCCUCUUUCAACCAGUUGUGAAUCUUCCAAAUGGUUCCACACAAGUGAUCACUGAACAUUAUGAUGAGAUUGUUUUCCAAGAGCCAACAAUACCAAUGUAUAAAGCGUUGACGAUUGGAGAAGGCAAGAAACACGACAGGAAAAAAUUUCACACCGAUUUGCUGCAAGUAUGUCGACGAUCUGUACAGAAGGUGAAUCAGGCGAAUGAAGAGAUUUUGCAAGAAAUCGAGGAUUUACGCGAGUCAUUGCGAGCUGCGCAGAAACUCUUAUUGCGUUACAAGAAGGGUAAUGAUCCUGAUUCGAACAGCUCUACACCUGAUGUAUCGAUUUGUCAAUAG